AUGGCUAAUAAUGCCCUUCUCGAUAAUCUACAGCUCUUCUUUAAUACCAGCGCACGUCUCCUAAUCUGCACUAGAGAGAGCUGCAAAUUCGCAUUAUCCAAUGGCCCAUCACGCAUAACAACACAUCUACAUAAUAAGCAUAGCAUUUCUACAGAGGCCAGAAAAGGGUUAAAUCGACUUCUGAAAUCUUUAUCCCCUGCACCCUUAGAACCUGAUAAUACAUCGCCCCGAGCCGACAGAUCAGCUAAGCACGAUAAGCUGCAAGUCUAUAAAGGCUUCGCCUGCAUCAACUGCCAAUUCCGCACCAUUAAUAUCCAGUCGAUGCGAUGCUACCAGUCUAACCCGCCGGAUGAUUGCUGUGACUCUAGAGCCAGUAAAGGUCGCCGCGAAGUGCUUGCAGCCCUAACGCGCACCUUUACAUCUCCGGGCGGACGGGAAUAUUAUAUCGGGCACGGCCAACAAUGCGGCCUCGAUGAAGACCUCGUCAGCCUGGGUGAGGAUGAGGAUAGGAUUGCCUGCCUCGUUCGUCUGGUAGACGUGAUGAUAAACCGUUCAGGACGUGGGGACUGCAGCCAGAGUGCAAAUGGGGAUGUUGGUGAUAAUAAUGAAGAGGAGGAGGAGGAGGAGGAGGAUAGCGAAGAAGAUGAUAUGGGAGAGGAAGAAGAAGAAGAUAAUGCAGAGGAUCACAGUGAAGAGGGUAAGGGAGGUGCUAAUCAGCAAGAGGAGGACAGGGGGUUCACUACGUGGUUAAAAGACCUAGGUGAAAUAACAGAUGAUGACGAGUAUGAUAUAGAGGUCGAGGCAGGUGCCGGCCCAGGAUCUCCUGAAGAACUUGUCGAGCUACUAUUUGGUCUAACCCUGGCACUUGCCACCCAGCCAGUGGUCAAUGGUCAACCACAGACGACCGUGCUGGUGUAUUUCAGUGGCAUCCUAGGCUUCUCGUCAUCACCGGGUGGUAGUGCUUUCCUACCAGCUAGGCAUAUCCCACUCUUGAAAUUGAACGAUGACCGCGAUCUGCGAAAUUACGGCCAGGUUAUAGCUCGGACAGAUACACCGCCUCAUCUCCUCCGCUGGAGUGACAAUGGGCAGGUAGUCUCACUGGGAGAUGAGAUUUCGGUCUCAAUGAGCCAGUUCCGGCGAUUGCCUAAGCAUUUCAUCAAGGAGGCAGCCAUGUUAUGUAACGAAAUGAUGUUCGCCUGGGACCCAGCUAUAGAUUUAGCCAAUAUCACCGACGACAUGACCAACAACAAAGAGGGCUUCUCGUUUGUCCUCUAUCCCAGAAAUAAGCUAGAUACGGCCUACCUCGAGCUCGUCCAUCGAGCAAGUACAGCCCAUCGCAAUGGGCUCUUUCGCGGCAAUGGCUAG